ACCAAAAUCCCAAAUUCACAAAACAUCUUCGCACGCACAACGUAGACACCACCACCACCACCACCACCACCACCACCAAUAAAACCGCCCCGAAAGCUCCAGCCCAAGUCCACGCACACCUUAUCCUCAACAAUGUCCUCCUCCGACCCCUCCCAAACAACACCACCCCCCGAAAAACCAAAAUACAACCCCUACAGAGCCUACCCUCCCCUCGAACAAGUCCCCUCGCCAAAAGCCUCCGCCACAGACCUCCCGCCAGACUACGACUGCAUGCCAUGCCGAGUAAUGGGCGCAGCCGCAUUCGUCGGACUGGGCGCAUACACAUACUACGAAGGACAGCGGCAGAUAACGGAGAACGAGCGGCGGAUAGCGAAGAGUGCGUCGCGGUUUGGGGUGCAUGCGCGGCGGAGUGGGAUUACGGGGAUUUCGGCAAUGUUGGUGGGGAUGGGGCUGUAUCGGUGGGUAAUGUGAUUUUGGGAUAUGGGAUCGGGGAUGGGGGAAAUGAGGAAGGAAGGUUGGGGGGAGGAUAAGAGGAUAGGAGAAUAAGGCUGGGUGGUGGGAUUGUAUAUAUGCGGUAGUGGGAGGACAGCAUGGAAAAGACCAGCCAGGAAGUCAGUCGGGAGGUCAUCGUAUGUAUUUGUAUUUGUAUAUGUAUCAAGACCCGCUAUGCACAGAAAUGCGGGAUGAAGC